UACUGAGUACUGACUACUGACUACCAUUCUGCAGUCUGCAGUCUGCCGUCGAUGUCCGAUGAUCAUUCUUUAAACAAAAUAUUAUUUUCAUUGUUGUUUUUUCUGUUUAUACCGUAGGAAGUAGAAUUUUUUUCGGCUUUAGUUUAACUCCACGGUCUUCCUGCGUUAAAUAAAUUUCUGGCUAAUUAAAAUAUAGGCAACAUGCAAAGUGCUUCAGACAUUCUAUCGUCAUUGUUAUGGUUUAAAGAAAAUACUUAUACAGACGAUGAAAAUGAUGUACAAAUAAUAGAGCAAUUUGUACAAAAUGUUGAAGAUUUUAGCUCGCAAUACGGCAGUGAAAUCAGUGUUUCAUAUACAGCAUUUAAUCUUCGUGGACCACCUUCAAAUUUUCCCGACUAUGGAGAUUAUCCACAAGCAUUUGUUAUGAGGACAUAUGGUACGUGGUGGGAUGAGGCACCAUCAGUGCAAGAGGACUUUAUGCCACAAAAUAAAAACACUAUUUCAAGUCAGGAUUAUGUAGAAGUAUCCUUUGAAAGAGCUGUUUAUCCACUAGAGGUCUCUGUUUUUGAAACUUAUAACCCUGGAGCCUUAGUAAGAGUUUGGGCUUUGGGUCCAGUGUCCUGGAUAUUAUUAUGGGAGGGUGAACCAGAGUAUGCUGGUGAUACACCAAGAAUAUUUAGUCCUCCUAUAAGAGAAAUAAACUAUCCUACAAGAAUACUUCGUUUGGAAUUCAACCACAAGCUACUACCAUAUUAUACAGAACUGGAUGCAAUUUUGCUGAGAGGAAAAGAACCACCCAGUGAAAUGAAAAUUAGGAAUAACUUUUCAUAUUCAAGCCUUUUCUAUAAAAGGACUCAGCCCGAAAAAGGUACAUUGUUAAAUAAAGUUAUGGCAUCAAAUCUCCAUGAGAAUGUUGUAACACCAGCAAUAAUUACAAAGACCGAACAAAUUCUUGACACUGGACCUGAGUUGGGUGAUUUUCAACGAUUGCCGGAUGAAACCAUACUGACUGUGAUGAAGUACCUUGAUAUGCAAUCUCUUUCUCGGUGCGCACAAGUCAACAGGCAUUUUCGAAGGCUGGCGUCUGACGCAAUACUUUACCGGAGUAUAGAUUUACGGCCGUAUUGGCACUGUGUUAGGUCACAGGUGUUGAUGUCAUUGUCAAAACGUUGCAAGUUUCUUCAAAAGCUUGACCUGUCAUGGUGCGGAAGUCACUGUAUGAUUCAACCACAUUUUGUUGUCGAUUUUCUGAAGGACAGUGGCGCGGAGUUAACUCACUUGCGGAUGAAUUGUUGCAAAUUCGUAGACAACUCCGUGUUAAGAGCAGUUGUUGAGACAUCGGCGAAUUUGCAAGAAUUAUGUCUUCGCUCUGUAGUUACCUGUUCCGAUUGGUCGAGUCUUGUGACGCUAACGAAGUUAAAAAGAUUAGACUUAUAUAGAACUCAUAUAAAUACAAGCGCGGCUGUGGCAAUAAUACGAGCGAACCCUGGAUUGCAGCAUCUUAAUGUUGGUUCGUGCAAAAUGAUAUCUGGUAUGGAUGAAGUUGCAAUCGCACUUGGAGCUAAUUGCCCGAAUCUUAUGUCAGUGGACUUUUGGAAGUCUUACUCUUUAACGGCUGUUGGGAUUCGGGCACUCGGUCAUUGCAAGCAUUUACAGGAACUGGAUGUUGGAUGGUGUCUCCAAGCUGGUGGUUCAGGUGAAUGGUUAGCGGCGCUAAAUGGCGGAGAACUUCGGAAACUGUUUCUUGGUGCUUUGCGUGGGGUUUGCGAUCGAGACCUAAGGACCUUAUUGCCGCGAGCCAAGAAACUAUCGCAGCUGGAUUUGUUAGGAGUGAGAGCUGUAACACCAGAUAUUUGUUCUGAUAUAUUAGCGGAAUGUCGGGAGCUGAAAUUGCUUGAUGUUAGUUUUUGUGAUCAAAUACACGAGGCACAGGUACUAGAAUGGCGUCGUCAAUAUCCAAACGUUAGUAUAAAACGAUCUUUCCAGUCCGCUAAUCUCACAGCGGCUCCGAACUCAUUAUUUUUAGCACCCAGUUUGGAGUAAAUAUAAACGAAGGAAAUAUCCAACGAAGUGUUAAACAACGAUAAGAUGGUCAAGUCAAAUAUAAAAUUAAUUAUUAAAAAUUAUUCUAGUGAUUUUGGAAGACUGAAUAGUCAAUUGAAUCUCUCAUAGAUAAGAUAUGCAUAUACUAGAUUUUCUUUAAGAUAAACGUCAAUUAACUUAAUAAUUGGAACCUCUAAUAAUUAGCAAGACCAGGUGUCCAUAUUCCAAUAUGUCACUUAUGACAUAACAUAUGUCAUUGUCAAAUAUUGUUAACUGUCAAAGAUGUAAAACAUACUGUAAUGUGAGCUUUAUGUUUCAAAGAUUACUUUUUAAUGUCACGAAAUUAAGACUGAUAAAUAACCGUAUUUUUAACUAAUUUGCGUCAAAAUUCAAAUAAAAAUGUAACUAUUUUAUUUGUGGGCUACAAAUGUAUAUAAUUACACCGUUUUAACUAAAGUACGCAUUUUGAUAGGAGACAAAAGAGUAAUUUAGUUAACCGUGCAAUUAGAUUGAUUUAUGUGAAACGGGAAUUUGGUAGCUAGGUUUUUUUAAUAACAAUUGGUAUUAUUACUGAACGUUUUUGUAAAUAUUAAAUAUAAAAUGAUCCGAAUAUGAAUCCGUAAAUUCUGGUUUUGUUUCCAUUUGCUACCAUUUAUAUCUGUUCUUUUGACAGCCUUAAAAACUCCAGCAGUACGAUCGGGAGUCCAUCUGCAAAAAGGAUUUUCUCAGAAUUCAUGUUUCAGAUCGUAUCUGCCGGACUAGACUUUAUUACUAACUUUUUAUUGGAUUUUAUGUACUUACUAGGAAAUAGGCUAAAAUUUUACACCGAGUCCCAGAUUGGAUGAAUAAAUGUGAACCAUGUAGGUUUAAUAUAACAAUCGUAAAAACUAAAAUAUGACCAAAUUUUUGAUCGUCUCUUAAGAUGCGUUAAAAAUAGCGCGUAUCGUAUGUAUCGAGGCAAUUAAUAAAAUUUCAUUAAGUUUAUUAUCGGUUAACGCCCGAACCCAAUAAUUUAUCCACAAUUGAAAACAAUCUGAGAUCAGAUUGUGAUAGUCGAUCGAU